AUGGCGAAGAAUAGCCUGGGGAAGGCGCCAUCGCCUCCUUCGGAAGAGCUUAACGGGCUCGCGAAGAAGAAUUCGCGCCUUAGCAACGGCAAGGCGACGGUUCCUACGCGAAGACACGCCUACACUCCUCGACCCUCGAGCUGGCGCUCCCGGUUCUUCAAUACCAUCGCGAGGAUUUUCACGUGGUAUGCCAUCGUCACCGUCCUCUUUAGGUGCCCUUCGACGAUACAAGAGUGCGACGAAGCCUCGCCUGCCAUUUGCACGGCCUACUUCAAGACCAAGGCGGCCGUCGUGAGCCCUUACGUCCAGGUCAUCUCGAACAACGUUAUCGCACCUACAUACGCGGUGAUCGAGCGCUACGGCGCGCCAAGGGCCCAACAAGCCAAGGAAUUCCUCGCGGGACAUUGGGCCACGACUGGCCAGCCUCACGUGGAUAGGGCCCGUAAGCUGGCCAACGAACAAUACGAGCGCAGCCUUGCUCCCCAUGUGGAGCAAGCUUCGCAGGUUCUUUCUCCGUACUACGCCAUUGCUCGUACGAGCGCUGAGCGGACCUACGAGGAACUGCUCCUUCAAGCUACGAGUUCCCCCGAUACCAAGUCGUCUUCUUUCGUGGUGAAGCCUUCCGAGUCUUCUUCGCGCAAGGCCUCGUCGUCCGCCCCACCCGCCGAAACCACGUCGAGCUCAAUCCCUCCCACCGCCGAGUCUAGCGCUAGCGUUGUCCCCGACGACUCCAACUCUGAAUCGCAACCCGUGGCCAACAAUGAGGUCGAGAUCAAGGCCAAAAAUGCCAAGCCCGACACAGAGGAGUUGCGCCGCAUCGCGUCCGAAACCGUUGCGGAGGAUCUGCACCAGUGGCAGACCAAGUUUGCUAACGCGGCCGACGAGGGCGCCGUAGAGAUUGAGGACAAGGUCGAGCAGCUGUCCUUCAACAUGAUUGAAAGCCACGUUAAAGGCCAGGGCCGCAAGCUGGUGGCUGAGCUCAAGGAGGCGGCUGCCGAGGAAACGGCGAAACUUCACAAGAACAUCAUCUCUCUUGUCCAGUCGUCCUCGAGAGCUACUCGGGACGAGACCGAGGACUCGGCCAUUGCGUCGGUGAGACAGGCAGGCUUGGUGAUCAAGGAGAAGGCGCAAAAUAUCCGCAGCUGGAGGGAGGGAUUCGAGGCCCAGCUACACGUUGCGGUGACGGCGGCUGCCCAGGAGCACUUUGACAUUCUCGGCAACAUGCGUGAUUUGGCCCUUCAGAAGAUCGGCAUGAAGUGGGCAUGGAUGGAGGGUGUAACUUACAAGGACUGGGCCAAGUACCACGACAUGAAGAAGCGAUUCGACGAGUGGACCGAGGAACUCCAGCAGCUCAUCGUUACCCACCCUGGUCUGGAAUCCGCCAUGAACGCCGCUGCCGAUGUCGAAGACGACGGCAUGGAGGAGGCUCAGGCCGCCGCGAGAGAGCUCGCCAGACUGAAGCAGGUUGCGCUGUGGAAGAUUGAGGCCGGCGACACAUCAGACAACUUUGAUAGCGAGGCCAUGAAGGCGGCUGCGGAGGCCGCACUCGCUGGUGCGGAUGCCGAAACCGCCGAGGCUGCUAAGCUCUCGCCCGAACAGGAAGGGACCGCGCCUGAAGAUGCCCCAGAGCCCGAGCCCGAGCCCGAAGUUGAAGAGGAACCGGAGGCGCCCGUCGAAAUUGUCGCCGAUGCCAACACUGCAAAGGUUUCUGGAGAAGCUGAAGAGCCGCAACCCGCCGAGGAAGACGUUGUGCCCGAAGAGCCCGUAGCGGUCGUUGAGCAGCCUACUGAAGACGACGCCAGCUCGACAGGGAACUCUGGUGCACCUGUCGUUGCCGAAGCUCAGGUGGUGGAUGAGCCGGAAAUUGUUGCGGACAACAUUCAAGAGUCGGAUGCGCCCGAGCCUGUGGCAGAGCCCGCCGAGGCUGCUCCUGUCGCCGAAGUCGAGGAGGAUGUCAAGCAAGCUCCCGUUGACCAAGUCAUUGAAGAAAAGGUUGUUGAGCAGAAAGAAGAGGAAGAGGCGGUUGCCAGCGAUAUUCCCUCGGUGGCUGAAGAGGACAUCCCUUCCAUCCAAGUGGCCGCCUCUGAUGUGGCGGAGGCUAGUGAGGCCAUUCUCGAAGAAAUUGUGGAUCCCUCGACCGAUGGAGGGGAGGGCAUUCUUUCCCAAGCCUCUGCAGCGAUUGAGUCAGCUGGCUCCAAGCUGAGCGAGGCCGUCGUCAGCGCUUAUAGCGGUGAAGACGUGGCAACCGAGGAAGCCCCCAUUGCUCAGGAGAGCCCGGAGGCAGCCAUUCCCGUCCAGGUAGAAGAGGAGCCGAGCACUCUGCUCUGGUCGGAGAAGAACGAUGAGCUCUAA